AUGGAGCUGAAGGAACUGACCCCGGAGCCCGUGGCGCACUACCACGAGCAGGACGGCGAGGACGGCGGGCCCGGCGAGGACGGGCGCGCGCGCGCGCGCGCGCAGCGCGCCCAAUGGGCAAGAGCGGCGCUGCGACAGGUGCAGCGACACUCGGUGUGGCCAUGGGCGGUGUACUUCCCGCUACACGCGGCGAACGCGCUGGUGGUGGGCGCGGUGGCGCCCGCGGCGGCGAACGAGGUGCUGAUGAUGGUGCGGGAGCUGCUGCCGGAGAAGAGCACGACGGCGACGGUGCUGGUGGUGUCGGCGGCGGCGCAUGUGGCGAGCGGAGUGGCCCUGCGAGUGUGGCGAUGGGUAGCGCGCCGGCAGCGAGCGCGGGAAGACGGCCCUGACGCGCACCGCGUCGCGGUGCGCCGCCGCGAGUUCGGGCUGGUCGGCGGGCUCUCGGGCUACUUCAUCGGCGCGGCGCGCGAGCUCGCGUACAACCCGCAAGUGGUGUCGGGCUACGUGCUGGUGCCCGCGGUCGCGUACCACGCGCGCCUGAUGGCCGGCAGCGAGGUGGACUUUGACUUUGUGCGAUGGAUCUUGCAAAACGAGCGGCGGGCGGCCGUGGCGUGGGCCGCGGGCGCGGUGCCGCUCGCGGUGCUGGUGUGGUCCGCGACCUACCACCUGGGCGCCGGGCUGUGCCAGUUCGCGCGGAUCUCGCGGUGGAAGUGGCGGAAAACCGUGUCUACAUUGAUAUUUGGCGUCUCCACGACGGGCCUCGUCGCGCUGUGGCGGCUCUCGCGCAGCGCGGGCGAUGGGUUUGUGGACGCGGCCCGGUACCGCGGCCUUCUGCGGGCCCUGUUUUGA